AUGGCGCCAGACCUCCUAGCCCUACAGUUGCUCGAGAUACAUGGAGGACCCACGUGGGCGACUAAUCCAGCACACCUAUUAAACUUCUUCGAGCCCUCUCCUGCCACUAUCCGCCUGUGGUCUCAAAGAAGAAAGGUGAAUGCGUGCUUUCGAACCAUGUCUUCUACCGAAUUCGAUACUUCUACGAGUCCCCAACGCAGCGAGACCACAGGAAUAAGCUCUAUAGCCCACGUCUACAACACCCGUCGAUCACCGUCCGACCCGGCCGCCAUGACGAGAAAGAGAGAACAAGAUGAUUCUGCUGGGGAUGCAUUCAGCCAAAACUCGAAAGCAAAGCUUCAGAAGCUUCAAGAAAAAGUAAAGGUCCACCAAAACUGCGCAGAGGAGUCCAUCAGGACGCAGGCGAGCAACACAACCCUACAGUUCACAACAACGUCCAUGCCGGGGACCUCCAUUUAUCCAACGCCGGCGUUGCAAGAUGACCCCGGCCUGGCCGUCGACUUCUUCAUGACUCCACCAGAUCAGUUUGAUAUCGAUUACUCACCAUAUAAGGCUCGAGAUGCAUUUGAAGGAACCCUUCUCAACUCGUUCCACUCGCCCACGACCUUCCCGAACGCACCGCCAUUCUCGCCAUGGAACACAUUGUACGGCGCAUACGGCUCUCAUGAGCCACUGACGCCAGGACCGUCAUGUUCAGCCUCUGACAUGCUGACAGGAUUUACACUGGAGGACCCAUUCUGUCGGACAGAGAGUCUAGGAAGCCUCAGUACCGACAAGGACGCACAACCACGACUCUCGCCAGAAUAUGCCGAAAUGACGCGGCCAGAUAGCCAACGGCACGUCGGUACAUCAGGUUCGGUUCAAAACCGUGUUCGUCAUGUCAUGGAGCAGGCCGCAGCAGUGGGCUUUGAAAACCUGGACGAGGUUCUCGCGGCAUAUUACACAGAAAAUUUCGAAGAUAUGCCCUCACUCCAUCAAGAGCAAAGGCUGAGCCGUAACAGACGGCUACCCUGGCUACUGAACACCCUCCACAGCGCGGCAAAGGGCUGGAGCGAAUGGGAGCGGAGAGGGUUUCAAGAGCAGAUUACGCAGGGCGGCGAGGAACUCCUUGUUCAAGAGCUCAAUGCAUUCGUCAGCCAACAAAGGCUGGGAGCAGACGGCAACAGAUCCCCACAUAACGACAUGGGAGAAACGCGCACAGGGAGCAUCGAGGACCUUGCCAUCAGGCGGCAAAGGGUGCAGAACGAUGUAAGUUACAUAGCAGGCCCCAACCUGGACCCUCCAAAUCCACGUUGCAGUGAAGACCCCUAA